AUGGAAGUGCUCGCGGCGGUGGGAUCUACAAUGCCUAGGCACAUCCCCUCCCUGCCGCUGCCGCUGCAGAUCACCAAGAUCUCGUCGUCCAGAUCGAGGCGCAUCAUCACGGAGCACGUCCCCACCACCUACAGUUUCCAGGUGACCAACUACCUGCAGCUCAAGGACGCGGGCUUCCACGCCUGCGUUACUUCGCCCGGCUUCAGCGUCGGCGGCUACAAUUGGCAGAUCGCCUUCUACCCAGACGACGAGGACGGCUACACCUCCUUGUACCUACGUUAUCUCGGCCAAGCCACGGAUGUGAGAGCCAAGUGCACGGUGAGCGUGCUGGGGAAUGACGGCCAGCCACCGCUGGUCUGCCGCGACACGCCGGAGUGCGUCUUUACUCCGGGGCCAGGCCGGGGCUACCGCAGGUUCGUCGGGAAGUCCAAGCUGGAAUCGCUAUCGCGGCUCGGAGACGGCCGCUUCACGAUACGGUGCGUGCUCACCGUCAGGGACGUGUCUCCGUCCGAGCUGCCCGGCCACCUCGAGCGCAUGCUCAGGGACGGGCGAUGUAGCGACGUCACGUUCCGCGUGGGAGGCCGGAAGUUCCGCGCGCACCGGGCCCUCCUGGCCGCGCGGUCGCCGGUCUUCGCUAAGCUCUUUGGCCCCAUGCCGGAGAAGGGCACGCGGCGCGUCGUCAAGGUCGUCGACGUGGAGCCAGCCAUCUUCCAGAUUCUCCUUCACUACAUCUACACGGGCUCACUACCGGCGUGCCACGACGAAGGAGGGUAUGAUGGCAUGGUGAUGGAGCAUUUGCUCGUAGCCGCAGGCAAGUACGGGCUGGAAAAGUUGAAACUCAUGUGUGAAGAGGAGCUGUGCAGAAGGAUCGACGAGGAAGCCCUCGUGACCACUGCAUUUAUCGCGCCGGACAAUAUCAUAAGCGUCGUCGACUCAGAUCAACUACUUCCCGGAGAUCCCGGCGCCAUGCUCGUCUUCUCAGGCAACGAUGCUGCUCUCCGCCGCCUCGGCUGCGUAAGCAGCAGGUGA